AUGGUAAAAGUGAAUGUGUCGGACCCGCGCAGACGUGCGCCCGGUGCACAGAAAGCACGGACAUGUGUCGCGGGAAACGACGCGAGCGGGUUAACGCUGCGUGUGUACACUAUGCGCUCCUUCCGACAGGUGCCGAGUUUGGGCAAUUGUCGGGUAAAAUUGGAAAAUGAGAGUGUGCAGGUGGAGGGUGACCGUUCGACAGAUCUCUUGCGUCAUCUACAGACAGGGCUGGAGGAGUUGGCGCCCCCAGCGCCCGCGGGGCCCGCUGCCACGCCAGUGUGCGUGAAACAGGAGCCGGCGGAAGUGCCGGCAGUCACGUUAGAGAACCUAGAGCCAGCGCAGAGUAACAACUGUACGGGCUCCACAUUAUUAGACAGACAUCUUGCAAUGCUUAAUUCUACCGAAGUGCCUGAAUCAUCGGACUUUAUGCCGUUAAUCACUAAGGAUGAACCGCUGUCUGAAGGAGAACAGCAACAUUUGAGUGGUGACGAUACAAGCGACUCGUGUGGUCAGUCGGAGCCAUCACACAUCAGGAGCAGUCCCAAGAGCUGGACACAGCGCGACAUGGAUAAUGCUCUGGAAGCCUUGAGGAAGCACAAUAUGAGUCUAACUAAGGCUUCAGCCACAUAUGGUAUACCGUCCACAACUUUAUGGCAGCGAGCGCACAGACUCGGUAUCGACACACCUAAGAAGGAAGGCGCCUCUAAGUCCUGGAGCGAGGCAGACUUGCGAGGAGCACUGCACGCGCUCAGAGCCGGUGCUAUAUCUGCAAAUAAAGCUAGUAAAGCAUACGAUAAAAUUGAAAGAUAUCAACUAAACGUGGGCGUCAAUUUCACACAAGGUAUCCCGAGCAGCACGCUGUACAAGAUAGCGCGGCGCGAGGGCAUCCGCCUGGCGGCGCCGUUCAACGCCGCGCCGACCGCCUGGCGCCGCGCCGACCUCGAGCGCGCGCUCGCCUCCAUCCGCUGCGGCGCCUGCAGCGUGCAGCGCGCCGCCUCGCAGUACGGCAUCCCCACCGGUACACUUUAUGGAAGGUGCAAGCGAGAAGGCAUCGAGCUAUCUCGAUCUAAUCCCACGCCGUGGUCGGAAGACGCGAUGGGUGAAGCAUUAGAAGCCGUUAGGAUAGGCCAGAUGUCUAUAAACCAAGCUGCUAUCCAUUACAACCUACCAUAUUCAUCUCUUUAUGGCAGAUUUAAGAGAUGCAAAUACCAAAUUCAGGGACAAUCAAUGCAUUUAGAUAUGCAUAAAGCGAUUGAAGGGGAUUCGCAGACGCAACAUCAGGAUAUGCAGUAUUACCAGCAACCCCUGCCUAGUCAGUCUACGCAUUUAAAUGAACAGGAUCAUACCUUGCAGAAUCCUUACUUGCAUCACAACAUUCACAUAAGCGAGCACGAUAGUAUGAUACAAGAAAGCGGCUCCGACUCAUCGGACGCGGCGGGAGUCGAACGUUCGACCGCGAGCGAGCAGCCGGAGCCGCCGUCGUCGGUUCACGCGGCGGGCGACACACUGGUUUACGAGCUCUAA